AUGUAUCGCAUUUUACUUGUCGACAAUCCCUUUUUCAUCGCGUGUGUACGCUAUUUGGAUCCUAGGAUCACUUUACCGUGUCGAAGUACCAUCACUCAUAAACAUUUGCCGGAAAAGUACAACGAAGCAGUCAAUAAAUUAAAAGAAGAACUUGUUCUGAUUCGAUGGGUGGCUCUCACUACCGAUGGAUGGACUUGCAGUUAUAAUCGCCACUAUACUACUGUGACCGUUCACUACAUUAAUUCGGAGAUGAAAAUGAUAUCCCGAGUGUUGACUAAUGAACACAUGGAAGAGUCCUGUACAAGUGAAAACUUUGCCAACAAGUUGAAAGAAAUAGCAGAUAAUUGGUAUAUUUUCAAUAAAGUUUUUGCUGUGGUAACUGACAACUCUUUUAAUGUCGUUGGUGCCAUAAAAAAACUACUAACAAGCUCACCGAACUGUGCUGGUUGGCGUCACGUUCAUUGCUUUGCGCACACGCUCAGCUUGAUUGUAAAAGAAAGAACUCCCGAAUUUUUGGCUAUUCUCUUACACCGAACUAUUAAGGUCUUAGCACAAGAUGUGGCGACGAGAUCGAAUUCUACGUUCAUAAUGAUUCGUUCGCUGAUUGAUCUUAAAGACUUCGUUCAAGAUACGUUGCGUUCCUCCGUCAUUGAUCGACGUGAUUUAGAUUUAAAUGAGUUUGAAUGGGAAAUACUAGCCAACGCGGUUGAAAUGUUAAAGCCGUUUGAUGAAUUAACGAAGGAUCUAUCUUCACAAAUUACCCGAGUAUUUCCAAAGUCAUUCCUUCAACUGUUUUGGCUUAAAGAAAGGUUUGAAGAUAGUCAGAAAACGUGCACGCAUUCAACUCCUCACUUAAUUGCCACAUAUCUGAAUCCCAGAUUUAAGAAACUGGAUCUCUAUUUCAGUAGUGGGGUUUCCAGUGAGGCCGAGAAAAGAACAGAAAACCACAUCGUUUUCAGUUAA